AUGUCCGACCUGACCGUCGACGCAAUGUCCAAGCUCUCCAUCGAAAAGGAUCGCAUCUCGCUGCCUUACCCGUCCUUUGACAAGGCGCACAGCAAAGAGGCCGUCAACAGCCGCGAAGACAUUGGCUCUUCCACCUCUCAGGCCAAGGCUUCCAACCCGCUGACGCCUGAGCCUACCGACGUUGCCUCGGGUGGUGGAGAUCAGGAGCGUCGAUCCAAAAACACCCUCGCCCCUGACGACAUACCUCGAUCAGCUUCUAAAAGGUCGUCUCGGUCUCGGCCGCCCACGCCUCCCGAUACAGACGUCUCGGCCGCCAGAAAACGCGCCGAAGAACUCCUGGACCGCGGCAACAGGUCGACGCUUUCCAGGUCCGCCUCCCGUGCUGCCGAAGAGAAAUCCUCAAAGGUUAGCCGCCGCUCGUCGACCAGCGCAGCGACCUUAAUACGCUCACCCACAAACAAGAUCCACGACAAGCUUCGGUCAUCUGUCCUAUCUCGCUCGUCCAGUACUGCCUCACAUUCACGCCACUCAUCCAAGCGGUCAUCGUCAACUCGAAGCGCAAAGAAGAGCAAGCCUGAGCCGCUCCAUGUCGACUCCUCCCCGUCCAGUGCCCAGGACUCAUCUCCCAAGACGCCAACCCAGGCUCACCAAUUCCCCUCCCACCUCUACGGCGACUCGAAGCGAUCUCGCACUCCCGCCUCUGGCAUUGACGGCGACGACUAUGCAUCCACCAUUGCCUCGGGUACGGCCACGCCUGCCAUGAAGGCGCCCACUCAUCCUCCGCCGCCACCGCCGCCUCCUCCACCUCCUGCCGUCGAUGUCCUCGACAUACCCAGGGUAGAUUAUCUACUGCAAAACGGCGGUCUCUCAGCUCCCGUCACGAGGCAUUUCUUGUCUGUUCUGCCCGUUCAAAACGGCAGCUCCAGGCCCUCACAAUCACCCCUCACUGGUGCCGAGACGCUUUUCACGCCCUUUGUUAGCCUCCUGGACCAGUAUCAAACCGUCCUCUCAAAGCAAGGAUCGGUUGCCGUGGCCACCGGCCAUCGAUCAGUCGCUCGUCGUCUGCUCGACCGGCUAGAGAACGUCUUCUCUCGAGACUUGCCACCUCACGGCUGCUCUUGCAUCAUAUGCGAAAAGUCCAACGAACCUCACCGCGGCUUGAACUGGGGCGAUGUGCUUGAAUGGGUCAGCGGCCGUAUUGAACUCCCCCAAUGGCCACCCUUUGACUUGGCAGACAUUGGCACCAAGGCGGCCGAGGUGUCGGGAGAAACCCCCCGGCGGCCAGACUCUCCCAUCCAGCUAGAUCCUGAUAUCGCUGAGGAGUUUAGAGAACACUAUCUACGACAGUCAAAGAAGGUCCGGUCUGCUGUCGACAAGUGGCUCCACAGCACAGGCGAGACGCCUGUUCCGCCUCCUCAGGAGGUCGAUGACGAGACGCUGAGCUUCGCCAUCCUGACCAAUCUCGACGCCGAGGACCGGCCCUUCUUCAACGCCCUCCUAUCCGGAUCAAAGGAGCUGAGGCCUGCCACGCGUGCACCAACCCCGCUUAACCGACCACGCAACGACUUCAUCAUCAAGACUGGUCUCUCCUUGCAGCGGCUAUACCGCCUUCAGCAGGUUCCUCGUGAUGCGGAGAGUGUUACCUAUCUCAUCAAGAACCGCCAUACCCACGACCUUCUCAUCACUCUGUCCAACAUUAAUAGCCAGGAAUGGGAGAUUCUAACAUCAGGCCGAUUUGACGGGUUCUUAUGGUCAGGCGCUGACGGUGACGACUUUGGCGGUGUAGAGUCGAGGGGCCCGACACCAUUCCGUGGUCCUUCGGCCCUGGGUUCUCGAAAUGGCACCCCGUUCUCUCCGUAUUCCCGCGGUGCGACUCCCGCGUCUUUCAUCAGCCUUACUUCCUCCGGCAUGGGUGGGAGCCGCCCCCCGGUUUCCAACGACGAGGAGAUGGAGAUGGCGGCCAUUGCCGAGAUUGAGCGAGAGAUUUAUCAGGGCAUGGAAGCGUUGGAGGAUGCUUUUGAAAAGCUACACCACCAGGCAGAGACAGUUCGAACUGCCCUGCGACAGCGCGGAGCCGGCCUCAUGCAGAACCUCCAGAGCCGAAAACGCAUCGACGUGCUCUCGAUUCCCGGCUCGGGCAACUCCCUAAACUCGACCUACGAGCGACCUGCGUGGGCUGAGAGCGAUGCUGGCAACGCCAGCGACGAGGACUGGCAGAUGGAGGAAUAUGAUCUCUAUCCUGAUGACUCGGCUAGCAACAUCAGCAGCAGCCGACACAGGCGGCCCAAGAGACGUGUUGAACGUCGCACUCCGGCCCCCAUCGAAGAAGAAGAGGAAUAG